AAUAUGACACCAGUCCUCUUGGAUGGUGUUCACUCACUGCAAGCUACAUUCCAGACCAAACCUGCACCAAAGCGGAAGAGUGUUUUCUUUUUCUUAUUAUUAUUCAGCUUCAAGGGCAGAACAGUCAGUUAACUUGCACUCUUCAGCAUUUGGAAUUCUCCAGAAGAGAAGGCAUGUUUUAGCAAAGAACUUGAAAUAAAUUCCCAUCCAUCAGGAUUUUCCACAUUUCUGACACAUAACCUCUUUGAAGAUUCUGCUAAAACAGCUUUUGACCACAGUGGGGAUCUUUCAGAAGUUUUCUGCUGACAAAUUUUUGUGACUCCUGAGCCGGCAUAAGGAAAUAGCAAACUGCAAGUACCAGCUGUUCAGUACUAACUUAUUGUUGUUUUAAUUCUAUUUUCUAGUAAGUAAAAAGCUUUGGAAUACACCGAACAGUAGGAAUUAAUGCAAGUGUUCAUCUUGUUUUUCAGCUGAUUAGUUGGCAGCAGGUUUGCCUUGACAAAAAAGGGCCUUUGUGUAAAAAAGUAAACCGUGUUGCUGCUGAGAAAAUGUGGUAUGCAACAUGAGUGAAAUCUUCCUAUUUCUUCUGUACUAAAGUUCUAAACUUCGGCAGGAAUUUGCAUUUCAUACUACUGUAUUGUAGGAAAGAAAACAGUGUAUAAUUUGGAGAAACAGCUUCCCUCCAUGAUGAUUUAAUUUACUAGACUGAAUGAAAAACAUUUCUUGGAAGUAAUUAUAUAGAAAUAAAUAGUUCUUGUUCCAGGAAUAUAUGUGUGUUGUGAUUUGCCCAACAUGGAAAAAAAUCAAGGUUCUGAUUGCAGUGAGCUCUCUAAUCCAGGGAGGGCAAAGGAGACUGAAGCAGGCAAUAAUUUCUUAACUAAAUUUUCCAUGAAAGCCCUCUUUGGAUUUACAGAUAAAUUAGAACCAGGAACUUCAAAAGAGCAAGUAGUUUUAAAAGGGUUUCAAAAGGUCAACGGAGAUAUUGAUAGCCAUGUGGACAAUGAGGAUGAGAAGAGCAGGGUAAAUGAAGAUGGUGACCCAGAUACAGUUCAACUGCUUCCAGAAAUGGCACAAGGGGAAGGUAGUGCUCAGGCUAUUCCAGAAGCUGAUACAAGGGGCAUAUUUGUUUUUGAGGCAGUCUCAGAAAUGGAUGACUGGGCUCCAAAUAACCCUGCAGAAGCCAUUACUGGUGACUCAAGUGUGUGCAGAAUUUAUGCUGAAAACUUUGUUGACUCUGAAGACAAUGGCAGCAUACAUAAUAACUCUGUAGACAACACCCUUAUCCCAAAUGAUCAUCAGGCUGAUGUUUAUGGCACAGUAGACUUGGAAAUACAGCAAUUGGAGCAGAAGGGGCCAUCCUUCUCCAAUUCCUAUUCUAGCCACUCUCCUUUGUCUGAAUUCAGCAAACAAGAUCAUAAGGAUCCCAUUCUUGUUCAGGAUACUUUGACUCACACAGCAAGUGACACAGACAAUGAGGCUACAGAUCUAAAAAGGCAUGAAAAUAUAACAAACAACCCUGUGUUAAAUUGCGCUGUAUCAUUGGAGGAUAAUGAUGAAAAUGAAGAAAAAGAAGACACGGAACUAUAUACAGAAAUGCAUGGUAUGACAGCAGGGGAUAACACAGAGCCAAUUCUACCAAGUUGCAAAUGGCCUUCUGAUACAAUACCCGAAAUGUAUUCAGAUUCAGAGACUAGAACACUAAGCAAGGAGAAUAUUAGUUCACUUGCUACCGCAAAGGAUGUUCAGGAACCUGGAGAAGAGCAGGGACCUCUCCCAGGUAACUGCAGCACUGAUUCUCCUGCAAAACCAGCCUUUCAGCUCCCAGCUUUCUUUAGUGGAUUACGUGUUCGAAAGAAAGGCUUGUCUGCAGAUCUGGAGGAAACAGUCACCGAAAUCAAGCAGAAAGACAGUGAUCUGGCUAUGCUUAAACUAAGACAGCCUGUUAAGAAGUCAAAUCUUGCACCUGAUCUGACAAGCAAGAAGAAAAUGUCAGAGCCUAAAAGUUCUCCUACCUUUCUAGAACAACUGUCUCAGUUCUUAGGGCCUAAAGCUGAGGAGAAAGCUAUGGAUGAGGCAGUACCAGAAUCUGGGGAUGUCCAAGAAAGGAAAUCUUCUGUGGGAAUGGAUCCAUAUGAAGAAAUGAAACCAAGUCCUGCAGAAUCUGCCCUGGAUGCAUUUAAAGCUUUAUUUACACGUCCUCCUAAAAAAGAGACAACUGCUGACACUUCAGAGUUAGAAGCAAUAAAACGCAAAAUGAGACAUGAAAAGGAAUCAUUGAUGGCAAUAUUUGAGAGGUCUAAAUCAAAAUCUGGUGAUGGAGCAACAGAAACAAAACCAACUGAUGUAAUUCCUUCAGAACAGGAUGACAAGACACCAGGAAGACUCCAGACUGUCUGGCCACCACCCAAAGCAAAGGAUGAAGAAGAGAAAGUAGGCUUAAAAUAUACAGAAGCAGGUAAUUGA